GUUCUAAUACUUUACCUCCACGAAACCACCGACGUCGACGACUAUCUCCGUCAGCAAAAUGUCGAUUAUCGAACGCGACCUUACUUACUUUAUCCUUCCUCCUUCCUCCACGCCGCUUAUCAUCGGUAGCGAGAUAACUUCGUUCUCACUCGUAUCGGGGCCAAAGUCGCAUUUCCAAGGCUUUGAAUGGACGCUGCAGUUCCCUUUUCCCCUCGCCUAUCGCAUCAUCUUAACGGGCCCCGACCGCCCGCGCCCGCCCCAUGACAACGUUGCUGCACCAUCGCAGCUGUGCCGGUUCAAGCUGCGCAGCCUGGAUACUGAGAAGUGCCAUGCCGUAUUUUCUUUCCCGUCCUCUUUGGACGGCCAAGGCAUAGUCGAGCUGAGACUGUGGUGGAGCUACCAACUAUUCUCUGAGGUCUGGCACCAUAGCUACAGCUCAGGUGAUGAUGCGACAAGACUUGUCAUGCGCGACCUGCAGGCUCGGUCGUACUCUCUGACUGAACAUGGUGUGAUCCGACACUGGGCUCUUGACCGGUCUCGUCUACACCUCGGGCUCGGCGAGAAGGCGGCUCCCAUCGACCUCACAGGGCGGAGCUUUGUUAUGCACGCGACCGAUGCCGCCCUAUAUGACGCGUACCGCACCGAUCCGUUGUACAAGCAUACGCCCUUCCUAAUCUCCACCCCGAGGCCCGCCCCAAGCGGUGAUGGCGGUGAUAGUACGCAAAGAUUGACUUAUGCUAUUUACCAUGCCACGAACAGUGUGGCGACCUGGGAUAUCGGCGCCGAGAUUGACUACCCCAGUGGCGGAUGGAGCAAACGCUUUGUCCAGCACUGGGGAGGACUGGAGGAGUGGGUUCUGAUUGGGAAAGGCGUUGAGAGUGUGGUCAAGCUGUUUGCGGAAAUGGCGGGCAAGCCGCGACUGGUAGGCAGGGACUGGCUUGGAUAUCUCGCCUCAACCAUGCUAUUGGCCGACAAAAAAAACGCCCAGGAACUCCUCGAGGAGUGGCCUAUCUUGUGCGCGCAGAACGACGUACCUUGCUCGGCCAUGCAUCUUUCAUCCGGAUUCACUGUUGACGAAAAGACGGGCAGCCGCUGGGUGUUUCACAUGAACAAAAAACGGUAUCCGGACUUCAAAGCAAUGGUCAAGAUAUUCCAUAAGGCCGGCAUGAAGGUGGUGCCCAAUGUCAAGCCGUACAUGUUGCAGACGCACCCAGACUACGAGCUCGUAGAACAGGGUGAUGGCUUAUUUUACGACCCCAUAUCCAAGGGUCCGUCGAAGCAAAACAUCUGGUCUAGCGGCAUUGCAGAGAGUGGCGACGGUAGUUGGGUCGAUUUUAGUGCGCCUGAGGCCAGGAAGUGGUGGGCUAGAGGCGUUCAAGGACUGAUAGAUCUUUCCGUCGAUGGUAUCUGGGAUGACAACUCCGAGUUCUUUACUCGCGACGAUGGCCUAUUGUGCAAGAAUGAGUUUGACCACACCCGCGAGGUCACGGUCCAUGGCAAGAUUAACACGGGCUUGAUGGGUAGGAUUAUGGGGAAUGAGAUGAUGAACAAGGUCAGCCACGAUACGCUACAGGUUGCGGCUCCUGGGCGACGCACCUAUGUCUUGACCAGGUCUGGCAACCCAGCCGCAUUCAAGUAUGCCUGCUCAACGUGGUCGGGAGACAACAUGACAAGCUGGCACAACCUCCGUGGUUCGCAACACAUGCAGCUGAACUCGGCCAUGUCUCUGAUGCAGAGCACGGGUGCUGAUGUGGGUGGUUUUGGGGGCGAUGCGCCUUCGCCCGAGUUGUUCGUGCGGUGGGUACAACUCGGCGUGACACAUUCUAGGUUCUGCAUCCACUCGGCACCCACCGACACUCAUGGAAAAGAAAAGCUCAAUGUACCAUGGAUGCAUCCCGCCUCACUAUCUAUCAUCAGGGGCCAUAUCAAGUGGCGGUACCGCAUUCUGCCCUUCUUAAACAAUCUCAUGUGGCGCUCUCACCUUGACGCCGCCCCACCCAACGCACCCCUGUUCUACGGCCCAUUCGCCAACGACCCGGCCCUCUUCACCGAGAAAGUUCUGGAGGGAUUUGACGCCUGGUUGGGCGUGGGGAAAAUCCUCACCGCCCCUCAGCUGUUUCAAGGCUGCCUGACGCGCAAUGUCUACUUUCCCAAGGCGUCUCCAGACGACGGCAGCCUGUAUUUCGACCUCCACGCGCCAUUUGGGACGCACAAGGCUGGGCAAUGGGUGACAGUUGCAACACCCAUCGAGCAUGCUGGCCUGUUUGCCAGGGAGGGAACCGUGAUUCCUGUUGGCAAGAACAAGGUUACAGUCACGGCGCUUUCCGGACCUGCGAGACGAUACACGGACGGCGUUGAUGUGGUGCUGGACACAGACGGCGGACAGGUCGGCCUGGACGACUGGAGAGGCAUAUUGAUCUUUCCGGGCUAUGAUGGCAAGACGUAUACGGAUGAGUGGAUUGAGGAUGACGGGAUAUCAAGUCAUCCUGGCACAUACACCGUCAAGGUAUCGUACUGUGGUAGGCUUGAUGCAGUUGAGAUAAAGGCCAGCGUGGAAGAAAACGGGUUUCAGCCUUUGUGGAGGGGCAUACUUCAUGUCAUUCUUCCCGCGGGCGAUCGGAGGCGAGUGGUGGGGACAGACACGGCAAUGGAGGGUGAGAAUGUCUUGUUGCUUGCGCAAAGUUUGAGUCCCUGAUGUAAUUAGGGCUAUGGCAUCAACGCUCGGAUAAGUGAAUUUUGGGUUGAAGUAGAAAUUUGGCGUGUUAAUUGUCAAUGCGUUCUAGCUUGAUUCUGGGCAUCCCGUGGUUUGUUGCGAUUAUCAACGCGAUGUCCACUAGAACUUCAUGAGCUUGUUCGGCG